AUGGCCUCAGCAGGGGCCCAGAGGCAUCCUGAAGCCCAGAAUGGGGAGGCAGUAGGCUUAGCCCAGGUUGCAGAGAUCCCUGAGUGUCCAGGACCAGGAGAAAAGUGUCUGGUGCCAGCACGGGAGACCUGCAGACCCCCAGGUGAAGACAAGUGUUCAGUAGGACACAGCUUUGAGCUGGAGCUCCAGGAGGAAGGAAUAAACCGAGGAGAGGAAGGACUCAAUCCAGGGGUGGAAGCAGGAGAGGAGAGAGGACCCAAGCCUGCAUCGUCCAUCGUGAGGCCCAGUCAUGGAACCAAGAGAAAGGCUGAAGCUGAACUGCCACCCGGGAUGCUGCUGCAGAAGGAGGAGCCAGAGGGCAGCCACAGUGAGUCUACACUGCCUGCUAAACAGCACAAGAAAGCCAAGAAGCGCAAGAGCGUAGGGGCUCUUGUGCCCCCAGCUGUAGCCAGUACAUCUGCACCCACGGAGACGCUGGGACUGGAGAGUGAGUGGACUCCCUGGGGUUACCCUUCUUUGUCUUCUCGGACUGACAUGGGCCCACCCGGCGCUCCAGUCUUUGCCCUGCCUUGGGUUCUUGCAGGAAAAGCCCAGCGCCUGCGGCCACUGUACCAAUAUAUCAACUAUUGCAACCCCGAGCUGAAUCAGGCAGGGGACAGCGAAGGAGAGCCAGAGGUGGAGCCCCAGUCGGAGUUAGCCCCGGCUCCUGAGAAGGCAGGUGUGGAACAGCUGCACUUGCGGGCCUUGGUGCCCGUGGCAGGUGAGCUGGGCUUAGGCCUCGCUUUACCCUGCCCUAACGCAUUAGUGCCUCUCACACACACCCUUCCUUCUCUAGGGCAGGAGGUUGGAGGGGAGCCUGGGGGGUUGUCCAGUCUGAGGGUGAGUAGCAGCCUCAAGGCUGAGGUGGAUAAGACAACCCAAGUGGAUAUUGACAAGAUGUUGAGUGUCUGUGCUGCCCCUCUUGUGCCCCCGCUUUCCCCUCAGUACAAGUGACAUGUCUCUACCCUGGGCCUAAACUAGGGCUGUGAGCUCAGGCCUGGGCCGACAGGUGGAGGGAGGAAUUUAGUCAUUUUUAUCUAUACUUGGAAUUUAUCUGUACUUGGAAAUUUGGAUUUGCUGAAAAUAAACAUUUCCCAUCUUGAAGACUGAUUCCUCAAAUACGAUGUCUGAAUUGGGGGAAAGGCUGGGGAGAAGGGAGGAGGGUUCACCUGUGCAGCGUUUGCCUGAUGGGUCAUCUGGAUCAGCUGGAACAUGGACAAGUGUGUCAGGGUGGGUGACGGGUGUUGUGUGAUGAAAAUUUUCCUGGAGAGACACGCACACUUACUCACCCCAGACUGGGAGCCCAGGACAGACCCAAGAACAGAUACCACCAAAGCCCAACUUGGUGAACCAAUGAAUUUUAUUGGGGUUACUUACAGGUAUAUGGGUGAGGGGUUUACUAUGGGAACAGAAAUGCCUCAAAGGCAGUUGCAUCACCAAAGCCCACCCCAGCAUGGGAACUGGGAGCAUGUCACACAGCCUGGAGGUGGUUCAACAUGUUAAUGUCCCUUCCAGGUGCUUCAGGCGUUUGGGGGAUUUCUGCUUUUUCCAGGUCUCUGGUCUGUCUAGUUUCGAAGUCCUCUAAAAGGCACCGCAGCUCCUUCCCUAUGAGAGAGACUAGGGUAGGGAAGGGCUUAGUGAAUCUGGUCAGUUUCAGGAACUUCCUGAAGCUGUUUUGAGUUGUUUACCUUCCUGCUUAAGGAGCCUCCUCCAGAAUGGAGUGUUUCCAUAUCAGAGGAAAGUGUUACACACAGAGGUAGGUAGGCACGGUGCCCAGUCUUUGUACUCUGCUGUGAGGGAGAGGAAUUUGGGAACAGUGUUGGAUCCUGUUGCCUGUCUCUUGAGGGCCUACAUUUGUCCUUACUUCAAGAGGAUCAAAUCUGGAAUCUCACUCUGAGGUGGCAAAGUUCAUUUGUCUGUCCCAAGACAAAAAAAAAAAAAAAAAAAAAGUUUACUACUAACCAGGUGUGGUGGUGCAUACCUGUGGCUGGGGACCUGGGCUUAGGCCUUGCUCUGCCCUUGAAUUUGGGAGGUAGAGGCAGGCAGAUUAAGAGUUAAAGGUUAGCCUCAUUUGCAUAGCGAAUUCAAGGCCAGGGUAUACUACAGGAAACCCUAUUUUUAAAAAAAGAAAGGAGGGGAGGUGGGGGGGGGGGAUGACAGGCAUGUUUAAUCCCAGCAGAUCUCUGUCAGUUCAAGGUCAGCCUGGUCUACAAGGCAAGUUCUAGCACAGCCAGGGCUACACAGAGAAACCCUCUCUCAAAAACAGUAAAGGAAAAAAAAAGUUAAGAGAAGCCAAACUUGGUGAUGCACACCUUUAACCCCAGGACUCGAGGUAGAGAAGAGGGAAUUUCUGAGUUUGAGGCCAGCCUGGUCUACAGAGUAGUUCCAGGAGCCAGAGCUACACAGAAAGACCCUAUCUUCAAAAACCAAAACAAGAAAGAAAGAAAAGGGGGGAGAGGGACUGGAGCGAUGGCUCUUGGUAAAAGCACUUACUGCUUUUGCAGGGGACCAGGUUCAGUUCCCAGCACUCACACAGCACCUACUCCUGUCCCAGGAUCUGACACCUCUUCUGGCCUCUGCCUGUACCAGGCACACACUCUAGUGUACAGACAUGCAUGCAGGCAAAACACUCAUAUGCAUUAAAUACUUUUUUAAAGGCUCCCAUUCAUUGUCACAGAGCAAGCAGACUACACUUUGCCCACUACUGGUCCCUGGUGAUGGGUGGUGGGGACAGUGAAGGCCCUGUCACUGGAUGACUGCUGCCUCUGGAAGGGCAGAUGAGUGAGCCAUGUUGGGGAGACUUCCUGCGUGCCCUUCAAACGCUUCAGAUACGGGGCUUCCACAUUAAAUGCUUUUCUUCCUGUAUCAAGCUAAGAUCCUGGUGUCACUUCUGACUCUAUUUCUACAAGUGAAUCUAUCUAAAUUGAGAGGUCGGAACAUGGGCCUGGGUCUCAGAAGUCUCCAGGUAGGUGGCUCAAAAGUUCCCCCUGCCUGUGGUCUCUGGUGUUACAGAUACAUGUAAUAAUCCUGCUGCACACAGCCUGCAUCCUUGAUGAUGCCACUGUCCCUGUCGCAUCUUGCUCUUCUUACUCAGCCGCUUUGACACUUACUGGCUGUGUGUAUGUUCCAUGUUCCUGAUCAACCAGACCUUGUACUGCUUUCAUUCUGCACAUGGGGCUUUCUCUGCCUAAGAUGCCUUUGUUCCUUCAUCCUUCUACCUGGCUAGUGCAUACAUACCACAUACAUCACACAUGCACACAUAUACACAUACCACACAUGCAUAAACAUACAUAUAUACCACACACAUCACAUACAUACAUACCACACACAUAGAUGAAUACAUACCACACACACCAUAUACAUACAUAUAUACUACACACAUCCUCUUUCACUGAGUCAGGAAGCACCAGUGUUGCCCUGAAUUUGCGGCAUUUUUAUACCGUGAAUUGUGUAUCUUCACUAGACUGUGCACCCCUAGAUCACAUGUCAUUGGGUCACACCUACCUAGGGACUCCCAUCAAAGGCCUCAAGGAGGCUACAGAGAUGACAGGUAUGAAAAGGAACAGCUAAAGCCAUCUCGAGUCCACAGUCUCAUGCAGGGCCUCUAGAAUAAGGGCCCAGCGUGGUCACUGGAUGUGGAUGAGGCGGGCAGGUGCAGGUGACAGCAGAUGGAAGGGCCCAGUCUCCUAGCACCGCUCUCGGCUGCUCCCUCAGUCGGGAGGCUGCCUAGAUGCUUUCUGGCCCACAGCAAGGUCGCUGGCAAGCCAUCUCCCCAUCUGCCUAUAGUAAUGACUCCAGCACCUCAGGUGAUACUGUCCACAGGGGCCACACAGAAUCUUGCCCACAGAGAGGAGAUGAUCACUGAUGAUUAAGUAUGUUGCAGAGCUAGGUAACUGAGUGUGACCUCAUUAUGACUGAGGAAGUGAUGCGUGCAGAGAUGGGGUCUGUCCAGUCCUGCCGGGAGUUCUACACCAUCUGCGACAGGACCUGAGCAUAUGAAGUAUUUGCUCUUUGUCUGCAGAGCUGGAAACGCAGAGAUCGAGUAUGGAGAAGAAAGUUAAUGUUUCCUGAGGCCUAGACCGGCAGGCUUGAUUAGGAGGGUGCAUGCUGGAAGUCGAAGCAGCAAUGAACUGUUAUGUUCUCGUGCUCAUGUAGGAACAGAGAUUGGGGGGGAUGACGGGGACACACGGGGACAAGUGAUGCCAAGACAGCGGUUCCUGGAGAAAAGGCUUUCAGGCCUGGGGUAACUCGAGGACAAAGCUGUCCCGGUGUGAGAGAUGUCAAGCCACAUGGAAAGGCUGUUCCGUGUGGUGGCUGGACAGGUAUGAGGUGAUGAAGAAGAGAAACAAACAGGAGUCCUUACCAUGGUAGGGAGGAGUUACGUGUCAACAAAGAGUUACACUCUACUGUGGCCUAAAGACUACAUCUAAGAGAGUUACAUGGUGGGAGGGAGCUGAGCCCUGCUGGGGCCUAGACUGAGGAUAUUUUCAAAAGGCGUGUUGUCUCUUGGACUUUUACUUACUCUUUAUGCCAAGAACUAUCUUGGCUGCCUUGAGAAAUAGUUCCAGGAGAGCUGCCUUGUCCUGAUGCUUCUGUAAACCUGCUUGUUUGUUUGUUUUUGUUUUUUCAAGACAGGGUUUCUCUGUGUAGCCCUAGCUGUCCUGGAACUCGAUCUGUAGACUAGGUGGGCCUCAAACUCAGAGAUCCACCUGCUUCUGCAAGUGCUGGGAUUAAACAUGCUGGUUUUUAAAAAUUAGAAGUCUAAUCACGCAAACUAAAAUGUAAAGCCCCCCAAUCAGGGCAAUGCCCAGAGGUGAUUCUGAACAUAGAGCCAACAGGAACUCUGUGGAUUAGCUUGAGUUAUCAUCAGCCGAUACAAUAAAGUUGAGUUCUCCAACUUUCGAGUGCAGACUGGUGGUGUCUUGGGUGGGGAUGUCUGCUCCUCGCACAGCCUGACACUGUGGAGAAACUGUUUAUGAAGCAAAGAACAAGGACUAGUGAGAUGGUCGGGGAGGCAGGAAGCGGGUGUCAUGUCUCAGUAAGCACAAAGCAUAGAGUUUUAUUGAAGAUCAAUUCUGGAAGUUCUAUCUGGUUGGAGUAUCAAAGGGGAGAGCUAACACAGAAAGAACUUUUAUUUAAAAAUAUAGUCCUGAAGCCGUAGUGGCGCACGCCUUUAAUCCCAGCACUUGGGAGGCAGAAGCAGGCGGGAUCUCUGUGAGUUCGAGACCAGCCUGGUCUACAAGAGCUAGUUCCAGGACAGGCUCCAAAACCACAGAGAAACCCUGUCUCGAAAAAAACAAACAAACAAUAUAUAGAUAUAGAUAUAUAGAUAUAGAUAUAUAGUCCUGAGAGAUGUUGCUGCCUCCUUCCAGGAGGGGGCGCUGCAGGACAGGCCUGGAACUUUAUUAGGCUCAGUCACCCCUGGGCUCUCACCCACAAGUAUCUGGGCCUUAAGGCUCAACUCAUCCCUUUCCCAGUGACUGGAAAUUCUGUGCCAGAGGGAUGGAGAGGUGUCAGGAAUCUGGAUCCAGGCUCUGAGAGGUGCUCUCAAAGUCCUGCCUCAUGACCACGCGUCACCUGCUCACUACUGGGAGUCUUUCUCCAAAGUUCUCUGACCUGAGCACUGCUCUGGGUGAGCAAAAAGGCUCUCUCACAAAUACAUCUUUGGACUUCUUGGCCAUUCUCAAACUGAGGCGGGAACCUGUCAUCUUUUUGAUUUUUUUUCAAGACAGGGUUUUUCUGUGUAAUAUUUCUGGCUGUCCUGGAACUUGCUUUGUAGACCAGGCUGGCCUCAAACUCACAGAGAUGCUGGAAUUAAAGGUGUGCACCACUGCCUGAAUGGGACCUUGGCACCUUAGUAAGACACACAGGGACAGCUGGAGCUGAGCGGAAUGUUCUAGAGACAGGUACUAUACAGUGCCUUUCUAGUUCAGGCCAGGCCGAAUCCUGCUGCAGAGGGGUCAAUGCCUAGGCGUCUGGGAGAAGUACAGGAAUAAGGUGGUUUAAGGUCAGAAGCUGGAGUCCUUAUCAAGUAACUGCUUCUUUGUGCCUUCUACUCUAAAUGGAUUUUGAGAAAGGUUCUUGCUCUGUAGCCUUCGCUGACCUGGAAUUCUUAUAUAGGCCAGGCUUGCCUUGAACUUGCAGUGAGCCAGCCUCCUGCUUCUGCAUCCCAAACACUAGGAUUACAGAUGUACGGCACCGUGUCCAGCCCUGAUGAACACAUAAACAGUGCCUUUCUGAAUGGCUUAGAGAUUGAAUGAAGUGGGUUACUCUGGGGGACCAGAACACCAAUGGCACAUCAACCUUAUUCAACCUCCUAAGGACAGUGUUUGAAAUCAGGACACUGCAGGGAACAGGCCUGAUAAUCCCUACAAGUGAUGCCAAGAGGAAGAGGAAGGCCUCCCCAGGGCUUUUGGCAAGGAGCCCAGGAUAUGAAAGAGGAAGACUGGAGAAGGAACAGAGUUCAGAGAGGCUUCGCAAACCAGCGAUUGGCCAAGAAGACAAAGGGGCAGAUUUUUCUUCCCCUUCAAGACCCCACCCAGCUCAGGCCUUUCUCUGUCUGCAACAGCUAGUCAAUAGGCUAGUGACUAGCCAGCUGACUCAGGCAGUACCAGUUAAACCUGCUCCAAAGGGUGGCACAGGCCCCUUCUUCCUUAAACUCCUCCCCGAGGGCUGUCCUGGAGCCACACCACAGCUUCAGGAACAGAAGUCUGGGGCUGGAGAUGGCCCGGCAGUUAAAACUGCCUUCACAGAGGACCCAGGUUCAGUUCCCAGCAUCCACAUCCGCUAACUCACUAUUUCCUGCUCCAGGAAAUCUGAUGCCAUCUGCUGGACUCUUUGGGCACCUGCAUACAUGUGUACAUGCACACAGACAGACACACACACACACACAAAUAAAUAACAAAUCUAAAAAACAACAAAAAGAAAAGGAAUCUUUCAUGACCUCCCGUCUAGGGCCCAGGCUCUCCUCCCAUCUUCCUGAAAUGGCAGGCUUGGCAGAAGGCUGACAGGAAGCCUCAGGCCCUGUCUACUAAGGAUAUCUGGAGAACUUCUG